AUGGGUACAACCUACCCUAGUGGGCUGCUGAAGGAGUGGAAUGUCUGGCUAGACAAUUACGUAGUUGCUCCCUAUAGCUCUGGCCUAGUCAACCCGAGUACGAUGUAUAAGCCUCGAUCAAAGACGAAGAAGACGAAAUCGAAGCUAACUCUAAAGAAGCCGACUGCGAAGAAGAGAAAGAAGACUCCCGCGUCCUUAAGCGAAGACGAGAGCUCAGAUAAUCCCGAUAACCCUAGCGCUUAA